AUGGGUGUCGUGGAUUACGCAGACGAUGAGUAUGCAGAAGUUAAGAAGGGUAAGACAAAACACUUUAAACCAAAGCCGCAACGCAUUAAAGCACUUACAUUCGGACAAGAGGUGGAACUGAUCUGGCGACAACGAUGGUCCUUAAUGACAGCUAUGUAUCUCGGCGCGUUACCUCGGAAUCUUAUCUGCUGGUCUGUACAUUCUGAUGGGUGUUCCGACUAUCUCAUUGACAGACACGGUGAGUCUUCUGCACAGAUGCUUGCUAUUCCCCUCCAAUUAACUGUGGUGCCCUGUAGCAAUGUGAGCUGGAUUAUCUUCGUCGUAUGGGAUUGGAUGGGUGUUGUGGUAAUUGCGAUGCUGUGGGUCAUCAUCAUCGCUCGGCUGAAUGCUAUGUAUCAAGGAUCCAGAAAGAUCCUGAUAUUUCUCAUUGUCACCUUCCUGGCUAUCAACACUUUCGACGCAGUGGUCGCUAUGACGACAACGAAGCAUACUUCAGGGGAGGAACUCAUUCUCUCCGGCACUUAUCAGUGCCAGAUUUACUAUCCGGAAGAUAUCAUAUUUCUAGAUUCCAUUACUUGGAUACUCGGCACCGUGUGGGAGGUCAUCGCAUUAUGUCUCGCAGUCUGGAUUGCGAUAAAACACUUACGUGAAAUGCGACAACAUUCGGCAGGAGGGAUUAUCCAGGACUAUUUCACGAUGUUGAUGAAAACUCACGUGGUUUACUCUGCGAGCUUUGUUGCUGUUUCUUGCGUCGAGCUCAUUGCUAUUUUCUCUCCGACAUUAUCAAUGGCCGAUUCCCUGGACACUCAGAUUAUUUAUGGAUUUCUUCAGAUUUCGCAGGUCGUGCAGAUGUUUGUGUUGGGAUCGCGCCUGAUCCUUGGUGUUCGGGAAUACCAUGCUAAGCUCGUGGCCGAUUCUGACGCAGCAACUGGUAUGAUCUCAAUCGCUUUCCAGGAGCGCGUGCAUAUAUCGACUGGCAAUGGUGUGUGA